CGCCGCUAGCCGCUAUUGAAGUAGCGUUCAAUGUACCACCAUGUAUCUGCCUUUCGGACAACACCGUGACAUUGACAGUUGCUGCCAAUUUAGCUUUUCAACAGGCUCCUAGCCGCCACUUUCCUUCUUCGUCCGCCGGCCGGUCGCUCCUUCUACUACCUCAUCGCUCGACCUCCCGCCUACCUCAACGCACAAGCUAUGCCGGCCCGCCUUUCUAUGCUCGCCGUCUGUGGUCUCGCCUUUGCCUUCGGGACAAUUCCUACCUACACAUCCGCAACAUCCACCAACCCUACUCUGCCCGCCGGCUUCGCCCCCCUCCGCGUCGGCUUCGACCCCAUCUACGACACCCCUACCACCCCCAUGACCGCCGUCGCCUGCUCCGACGGGGCGCGCGGGCUCAUCCCCCUCGGCUUCCCCACCUUCGCCUCCUUGCCGAGCUUCCCGUUCGUUGGCGCGGUGUUCGCCGUGGCGGCGUGGAACUCGAGCGCGUGCGCGACGUGCUGGGAGCUGCGGUAUGAGUGUGCGGCGGGGGCGAAGGAGUGGCCGAAGGCGCCGGGGCAGGAUGCGUCGGCCCAGGAUGAGGUCGUGGGCGAUACCAAGGGUGCGGAUGCGGGCAGUACCGCACAACUUGACGAUUCGGGCGCGACUGUCGACGAGCCUCAGUCUGGUUUCGCCACCACCACUACCUCCGCCAAACCGUCCUCCCGCCGCAUCUUCUUCCUCGCCAUCGACCACGCCGACGCACCCGCCCCCGACACCAUGACCGGCAUCGACGAGGUCGUCUUCGCCUCCCUCGAAGAAGCGACACUUUCCAAGACCGCCAUGAACGAACUCACGUGCGGGCACGGCGUGCAGCUCGGGGUCGUGCAGGCGGCCUAUCGGCAGGUCAAUAUCGCGAUGUGUGGGUUGUGAGGUGGAGGGAAGGGGUAGGAGGGGUGGGGGAUGGGGAAGAGGGGGUAGGAGGCGAGGAGGGAAAGGGAGGGUAUGAAGGGUGAGGGAGAGGGGUAAGAGGAUGGUCGUUAGGACGACGCACGGAGAGUGGACGGGAUAUACCCAGGAUAUGAUACCAACCUAUACCACCACACUUGCACUACACAUACCCGGCUGUUCAAUGUCCAGCACACGCGCUACACACCUCGCACAGGCGGGGUAUCAUCAUUCAUUAUAAACAACGUGGUAUACCGUAGAGGGUAAAGAUAGAGUUGGUGGUAGCUCGCAGCUCGCAGCAGGGGGCUCGUGAUGAGGCUAACAACGCCGCCGAGG